CCGCGCGGCAGUAGGUUGACGAAGCUUGUAUAGGUGUUUGGAGCAGUUGGCUCAGCAUGUGGUGCUCUGUCCCAGCCGCUGUGGUGGUCUUUUGCGCCGGCCUUUGGCUCUCUCACCCCGGGCCGGUGCAGGGCCAGGAGGCAGAGGUGUGGCCUGGGGCCGACUGUGAAGUAUGUAAAGAAUUCCUGAGCCGAUUCUACAACUCUUUGAUAGCCAGAGGAGUCCACUUUUCUCUAGACACCAUAGAAAAAGAAUUGAUGGACUUUUGCUUGGACGUCAAAGGAAAAGAAAACCGCCUGUGCUAUUAUCUUGGAGCAACGAAGGAUGCAGCCACCAAGAUCCUAAGUGAGGUCACUCGCCCAAUGAGUGUGCAUAUGCCUGUAGUGAAGAUUUGUGAGAAGCUAAAGAAGAUGGACAGCCAAAUCUGUGAACUAAAAUAUGAAAAGAAGUUGGAUUUGGCAUCAAUGGACCUGUCGAAGAUGAGAGUAGCAAAGUUGAAACAGAUACUAUACAGCUGGGGAGAAGAGUGCAGAGCCUGUGCAGAAAAGACAGACUACGUGAAUCUGAUCAAAGAACUAGCUCCCAAAUAUGCAGCCACAGCCCCCAAAACAGAACUCUGACUCUUGGAAACCUGCACACCAUUGAUUGUAAUUAGAGACAAAAUGACUCUGUAAGAUACGUUGGUUACCAGUAACCAAGAACUGCACUGUGUGGGGUCCAUAUGUCUUGCUUUGAAAUACCUCAGAAGGGGUUUAGUGACAGCUUGUAUUUGCACUAUCCCAAAAUUUAAAAGUGCCUUUCUCAUAGUCUUGCAAGCAUGUUGUGUAGUCUUGUAAGUCUCACAUAUAUUAUGGCCUAGUUCCUAAAUUAAAAACAAGCAAAUUAUUGACAAAUCAAUGCAGAAAAGUCAUUCUAAGAAAGGAGAGUCCUCAGAGGCCUUUCUCUGUGCACCAAUUUUAAUCUGGUGAUUAGCAUAAAAGAAACAAUAUUUAGUUUUCUGACUUUUUAACAUCAAUACACCCAUUAA